ACGUAGUGUGCUAGAAAGAUAAACAUUCACGAGCUAGAUCGCUCUGCUUAGAAAUCUUUACGAAAGCUUAAAUUCCAUUCAACGUAUAGGUAUGUACACAAUGCGUGUAACGUGCAAAGUUCUUCCUCAGUUACGGGGAGAUCCGCGUCCGCUUAGAAUUAUUACUAAAUUUUUUUUUCACGAUAUACUUUUGAAUCGAUUGGACCGUGCACAUUUGAAACGCGACGUUGAUCAAUGAAUCUAAUUGGGUGGCACCUGAGAGAGAAAAAUUUGGUGAUUUCUGAAGAAAAAGGACUAGACGAAAGCAAACGUUGUAACGUCAUCUGCAUAGACGAGCACUAAGUAGUUGUAUGUCACUGUUAUUUCGAGAUAGCAUCGUCAAACACUAGACAACGAUAAGCGCAUGGAUAUACUCGGUGAAAACAAUGCCCACGAGUGGUGAGCACAGUGCCUUAAACUUUGGAAGAGACGAGACGCAGAGAAUCUGAUUCGACUUGUGACGGUAAGCGGUGAGAGUUACGAGAAAUAAAGAAAAUGUUGCCAGAGGACGACGUCGGCUCGCAAUCGGAUUUAAUACCGUCGACGCUCACGCCGCUUAUUUCGCUUUCCUGGGAUAAAAUCACCGUACGCUCGGAGCGAAAACGCGAAUUCCUCGCCAAGAAUAUCGUCAAGGAAUUCUUCGGAUACUCCAGAGUCGACGGUGAACCCAACAAGAUACUCGAUUCAGUAACCGGUCAUGCGGACGGCGGCAGUUUGGUAGCGAUUAUGGGUCCGAGCGGUGCGGGUAAAACAACCCUUCUAGCGGCGUUGGCCAGAAGAAUCGACGUGUCAUCGGGACACAUCAGAAUCAAUGGGGAAACGGUCUCCAGAAACGCGAUGUCCCACAUCGCUGGUUAUCUGCCGCAAUUCGAAGCUCUUCCCGAAGCUCUCACGGCCAUGGAGUACAUGAUAUUCGCUUGCGCUUUGAGGCUGGACAAGAGGACGAGCUCAAAAGAGAGGAAGAUAUUGGCGGUGAACAUCUUUACGGAGCUCGGAUUGUUCAAGAGCAGCGACACUUACAUCUCGAGAUUAUCGGGGGGCGAGAUCAAGCGGCUUUCAUUGGCCGUGGAGAUGGUCACGAAACCGAAAAUACUUUUCCUCGAUGAACCAACGUCCGGUUUGGACACUUGGACGGCGAUGCGAGUCAUCGAAUGUGUGCAGAAUCAAGCGAAUAACGGAACGCUGAUAUUCUGCUCGAUUCAUCAGCCUGCCAUGGAGGUCUACAAAAUGUUCAGCCACGUGAUUAUCAUGGCUAACGGGAGAACCGCGUAUCAUGGAACCUUGUCUGGCGCGACGGAUUUCUUCAACAGUCAAGGAUUUCGGUGUCCCGAAUCGUUCAACGAGGCGGAAUACUACGUGAGAAUUUUGUCGAACGCGGAUUCGAGCGAUUUUCUGAACGCUACGACUAAUUCUUAUCUGGUUUCCGGCUGCUCGGCCCAGAUUUGCAACUCUUUUUCAGCCUAUCGAAAGGCCUCCGCUUCGGCCCCCAAAAAUCGCUAUGGUUUGAUCGAAAUCAAAUCGGAGAUCCGCAAGCCGAAUUCUUUGGUAAAAUUCUACUGGGUGGUCUGGAGAAUAUUGGUGGAAAUAAGAAGAACCAUGUUCAAAAACGCGAUACAUCACAGUACCUUCUUGGCGUCCGCUUUUGUAGUGGGAUUGUUUUACAUCGGAGUCGAUUCACGGACUCAGACGGGUGUCCAGGACGCCAGAGGUGCCCUUUACUUGACCACAUCCGAAAUUAUAUUCACCACCGCUUAUUCCGUCAUCUACGUGAUGCCGGGGCAGAUGCCACUUUAUUUGAGGGAAAACGGGAUGUACGGACCGGCCGUUUACUACAUCGCUACCAUCGUGGGCCUGAUUCCAGAGGCAGUUUUCCACUCGCUCACAUUUCUCGUGAUGAUGUUCGUCGCUCUGAACGAGACACUGGACUUAAUGACUGUCCUGAAAUUCACCACUUGCUUCGCAGCUUCCACUGUCGCCAGCUCUGCCUACGGCGUGAUGAUUUCAAGUUGCAUAGAAAAUCCGAAUGUUGCGACCAACAUCAUGGUACCUUACGAUCUCAUUUCCUACAUGAUGUCCGGUCAGUUCUACAAUAUAAGGACGAUGCCUCCCUACAUAUCGUGGCUGAAGUACCUGUCGAUUUUUUAUUACACGAACGAAGCGCUGGCGAUCAUUCAUUGGACGAAGAUUGACCAGAUCGAAUGUUACGCCGAUAAGGAUUUACCCUGCUUUCGGAACGGUCGAGAAGUCUUGGCCGGAUACGGAUACGACGAAUCCAAUUUAUGGAUGGACGCCUUUGGACUCGUCACCAUGAGUGUGGUGAUGCACGUCUGCGGAUACUUGGGGGUCAGAAGACGCAGAGCCGUAAAACAAAUGUACUGAAUAUUGUCUCAUGUUGAAUCGCUAAUUUUUUGAUGAAGAUCCGAAACUUCGUUCUGUUCGAACUCCAUUAUA